AUGGCGGCCAAGCAGGAGGAAACUCUGCUCUCCCGCUGCGAGAUUCCCAUCAUAGACCUAGCGCACAUAGGUACAGAUGUGUGUCCUAUGAAAUCAGUGGUGCGUCGUAUCGGUCAACAACUUUUUACGGCGCUCAGCACUAAAGGACUCGCUGUACUUGUCAACCACGGCAUUGCCGAUGAAAAGCUGAAAUCAGUCUAUGGAGACCUCGACAAUUUCUGUGCACUUCCCGAGGGCUGUCAAGCGCAAUAUCUUCGUAACCCUGUCAGCAACCAUGGCUAUGUUCGUCCUGGCAUGGACCAGUUCGACAAUACUAAAACGGAGCUGCGUCAUUCGUUCAACAUCACGACCCUGAAUGCCGCAUCGAUGCCGGCACAAGAGGAAGUUCCCGAAUUUACGAAGCACGCCGUACCUCUUGCCCAAGACCUGACGAAACUGUCGCGCGUGCUACUGCAAGCUCUCGCUUAUGCUCUCGGAGUACCUCCAGGCACCUUCUUGGACUGUCACUCGGGUAUGAUGCAGGGCGAUGGGCGUAAUCCUUCGAUCAUGCGUCUGUUGUACUACCCGCCUGUCCCACCUGAAGACGAGGGUCCUUGCUGCCAAAGUGAUGUGGUACAUUACACACGCUGUGGCGCUCAUGCCGAUUACGGAACCUUCACGCUGAUCGCACAGGAUUCUGAAGGCGGACUCGAGGUUAAGCUGAAUGGUAGCGAGAAGUGGCAAGCCGUUGGUCAUCUCCCUGGUGCCAUUCUUGUUCAGACCGGGGAGUUCUUAGCUGCAUGGACUGCAAAUCUUCUGCCCGCUUUGGUUCACCGUGUAGUCGUGCCGGCGGGAUCGUACGCGCGCGCCCGCAGCCGCCAUUGCGUGGCGUUCUUCUGUCACCCGGACAACGACGCAGUGCUGCCGGCGUUACCGAUCCGCGCGGCGCCGGUGCCCGCCCCUCCCGCCUUCACCCCGCACCCGCACCUCACCCUGCACCACCGUCUGCUCAACGCGGCCCAUCACAUCCAGAAACGUUUCAAGGAGACAUACGCGUGACUAGUGCAAACGAACGACGAUGAACACGGACCGAAAACGCCGCUGUCUCGUCGUCACACCGCACCUUGACAUGCGACUGUGUUGCCAUUUUAUCGAUUGUUUCUACUUAAUACCAAUUUAUUAACGAUUACAAGAAAAAAAAACUUCAGGUAGAUAAUUAAUAUAUAUUCCCAUAUUUUAUACUGCCGCCAUAUAUUACGUAUACGUAAAUAACGGAUACCUUUCUACAUAUAUUUUAAAAAAAGUCUUCCCCCUACUGUGUUCAAACUAAGAAUUUAUAAAAAUAACAACACAUACCUCGACAAUUAGAUUAACUGGUAAUUAAGUGCCUAUUAAGCUUUACAUAAAGGGUUUUGCUUUCUUACAUAUUUUUAUAUUAAAAUUUACAAUUUAUCACAGUCGGGUGUGGGUGU